CCCUCUCUCUCUCUCACUCCCAAUUCUGAACAAAUUCGCUCCUAAUUCAACGCUUUUCUUCUCCAAUUGUCCAAAUUCUGAUUUUUGAGGGGAGAGAAUUUAGCUUCCAAUUUCCAGAAAUCUAGCUCUGAUACUUUUAUACAGACACAGAAUCUACACGUAUAUACAUAGCUGUAGAUAUAUACAAAAAAGUUAUACAAAAUCCAUUGAACAAGCUUUAAAUGGAUCGGAGGAGGACGGAGAGUCCGGUGUAUGCUCGCCAGUGGAGCGGGGGAUCGAGCAGCACGGGUUCGUCGUCGCCGGUAGGUUCGCCGGCGCAUCCACGAUCGAGGUUGCCGCCGGCUGCUGGCGGCAUGUCUACCAUUAAGCGGACUCAGAAUGUCGCCGCCAAGGCCGCCGCUCAGCGCCUUGCUCAGGUUAUGGCUUCCCAGGCUACGGCGGACGACGACGACGAAGACGAUGAUCUAGGAUUCCGGUUUGGUGGCGUUCCCCCGUCUAGUGGUUUUUCAGCUAAUCAUGUGAAUAAUAAUAAUAGUAAUAGCAACAGUCACGGCGGAUUGGCGCCAGUCUCGCUUGUUAAACCUAAUAGAUCGCCGUCGCCUGCGCUAGGUCGGAACUUUAUGGAUCACUCUCCUUCGAUUCGUUCAACAUCUGCUGGAAGACCUUCAAUGUCAGUUCGUUCAACCACGGCUACUGUUGUGCCCCAGAGUAGAUCGUCACUGAGAACACCAACUGCCAUCCCACCAAUAGAACCUGCAAAUAAUAGAUUACGAGAAAAGAGGUUUACAUCUGAUGUUGGCCGUGCUGCCUCAAAAGGUUCUGCUACUGAACAUGAAGUGUCAGCUCUUCGAGACGAACUUGAUAUGCUACAAGAAGAGAAUGAUUCUAUAUUGGAUAAGCUUCGACGUGCAGAAGAGAAACGUGAAGAAGCAGAGGCCAGGGCUAGAGAGCUCGAGAAACAGGUUGCUAACCUUGGAGAAGGAGUCUCUUUGGAAGCUAAGUUAUUGAUGAGGAAGGAAGCAGCUCUCCGACAGAGGGAGGCUGCUCUUAAAGCGGCUCAACAAACAAAAGAUGGGAGAGAUGGAGAAAUUUCAUCCCUUCGAGCAGAGAUUGAGAACUUGAAAGAUGAGACAAAUAAUGCUAUGGAGCAGCUACGAGAAGCUGAAUCAGAAGCUAAAUCCCUCCGAGUAAUGACACAAAGAAUGAUUUUAUCUCAUGAAGAAAUGGAGGAGGUUGUCCUGAAGAGGUGUUGGCUUGCUCGGUAUUGGGACCUUGCUGUACGCCAUGGCAUUUGUGCUGAUGUAGCAGCUUCAAAGCAUGAGUACUGGUCUUCUUUAGCACCCCUGCCAUUUGAAAUCGUCAUUUCUGCAGGCCAGAAGGCGAGAGAAGAGUCUUGGACCGGUGGAGAUGAUAAUGAUAGGAAAACCAAACAUGUGCGCAAUUUGAGUGACUUAACAGGGGACGGAAAUAUUGAGAGCAUGCUUUCAGUUGAAAUGGGCUUAAGGGAACUAGCUUCUUUGAAGGUUGAGGAUGCGGUUGUGAUAGCAUUGGCUCAACAUCGACGUUCAAGUUUGCUGCGUCAAUCUUUCUUGGGUAUGGACAAUCCUCCCAGUUAGGCUUUUCUUAUUAACCAGAUCUUUUGAGUAACACCUGAUAUUUUAAAGUUGAACAAUUCUUUCCAGGAUAAUUGGUGCUGACUGUAAAUUUUCUGGUCUAGACAUACUGACUGUUUAUAAAGGAACACUACUAGGAGUAUAUUAACAUUUCUAGGAGUACUAGGUUUUUCUUGCCCGUGCGUAAAUAUAAAAUAAUAUUUUUUUAAUAAUUAAACUAACAUUUGUAAACAUUCAAAGUAAUAAUAUUUUUUGCGUUAAAUGAAAUGUGAUACAUUUUAUCAAUUGUCAUAUCAAUUAAACAUUUGCUUAUAAUUGAGAAAAAUGCUAAUAGGUUUUGCAUCAAUAACACAAAAAGGUUUCGGAAAUUUUUGUUUUUCGUUUUUUUGGAAGACGAUCAUGAAAAUAGUAUUUAUUUGGACCAAUUAGUUCGGGACAGAUAGAGUAAUAAUUAUAUAAGAAAGUAUUUGAAAUCUUUUAUAAUAACUAUCUAAAAGUCUAUUAAAGUAGUCUAAUUAGUAAAAGGAAAAGGCAAAGAAAAGGAGAAAAGGGCAACCCAAUUAGAUUAUUGGGUUAACAAAUGACAAAAACCUUCAGAUUUGACGUGUUUUAUGAUCUACAUGGUAGAGGAAAAGAAUUGUGGAGUUGCUAUUAAUUGACAAGUGGCAAUGGUUUGUGGUCCCUCUAACUAUAUAUAUAUAUAUAUAUAUAUAUAUAUCUAUCUUAUUUUGCUAACUAAAAGGAAUUGAAGUCAGAGAGGGGUGCAACGACGAAAGUACUGUAGAAUUCACACCUCACUUUAUAUUAGUAAUACCUUUUCAGCAUAAAGGUAUUUCUAAAAACAUAUAUUCGUCAUUCUUCUCCUGACCAUGCUUAUUAUUUGAAUGAAAUCAGUCAAACAAAUUCAUUUUAUGUGAAUAAUUUAUUGUGACAUCUUUUCUUACUAAAUUACCUGACACUGGAUUAAAAUGUUUCACCUUAUACUAUUUUUCUCCUUGAGUUGCAGACCCUAAAUCAGUUGGUGAAACGAAAUAUCUUGAGGCAUUUGGUAAAGACCUCUUUUACUUAUUCUCUUAAUGUUAAUGUUGCUAGAAGAACUACUAGCUUUUCUUUUUUUGAAUAGGUUCAAAUCUUACAGAUAACAGUUUUCCUUGCUCUUAGUCACAAUUUGAACUCAAGAGACUUUUGAGUAAAAUUAGCGUACGAUUUAAUGGUAAAUUCAUCUGUAGGGUUACUCAAAUUUGUUAAGUAAGAAAGAAGGCAAAUGUUGUAGACUAAUAAGCUCGGUUAUUGCAGAAUUAAGUGAAGAAGAAGCAGAAGAUGUUCACUUUAAGGAGGUAAAUCAUCCUGCUGCUGUUGCUUUGGAUUUUCAAGAUCAGACUCCUUGCUUUAAGUGCUAUUAUAUAUAAUAGUGGAGAAUGUUCUCUUAAGAAGUGGUGGUAUUUUACCAUCAGUUGUGAAUAUUCUCUUUAAGGUGCCAUCUGCUUUUUUCUUGCAUGGUCCAAUUUGUUCUCUCUUUUGGAAACUUUAUAAUCAUCCCGUGGUAGAAAGAAUGACAAAAAGCUCUUUCUUUCGGAUAUUGAAGUAGAUCUUUUCUUCUUCCCCCAAUUGCAUUUAUUGUUAGAAGGAAAAAGAACAAGAAAAAUAGCAAGGCAUCUGAAAUAUAAUGGAAAAACACUCGGUCCAUAGAAAUAUGAGAAAGAUUAUGUCUUCGUUUUUUAUUUGGCAUAAUGGGAUUGUGAUAUAUUUACAUCUUAACAGUUUAGGAUUGUAUUCUGGAUCAUCUGUGGUUGUGUGAUAUUUAGUAAUUGAAUAGCUGUUUAAUGUUUAAUGACUUGGCUUUUGUGAUACUGAACAGGCUUGGCUUAUAUAUUUCUGGAGAAGAGCCAAAGUUCAUGGUGUGGAAGAGGACAUAGCUGAAGAGAGACUUCAAUUUUGGAUUAGUCGUAGUUCCCAGUCUCCAACUUCACAUUAUGCCGUUGAUGGUAAUAAUUCUUAUGGAUUCAUUUGUUCUCUUUACACAAUUGUCUUUUACUCUUUCUAAAAACUCUAUUCCUGAUUAUUUGUGUGACAGCGAGCGUAUGUGUUUUU